UGCUUGCCGGAAUACAGCUUGUGAGCUCACAACAUGGACCCAUAUGUCCCCUCAGUAAGUGUUUUCAGUUCCAAAUUUUUUGUUGCACCUACAGAACACACAAUUUUGAACUGAACCCAACUUAUUUAACGAACUCGUCUUCGCCGUUUCUUGUCGCAGACGGAUGGAAACGUAAAUUCGUCCACCUCCAACCCUUUUCCCAGCAUGACCCAACCAGUACCACCAACGUGCAAGCACGCCCAAUGGAAUCCACAUGAGAACCGGAUUUUCAUUGCCGCGUGCGAGACGGUGAUAGCCGACGGUCACCGUAACGGAAAGUGCUUCACAAAACACGGAUGGGACCAACUCAUCCGUUUGUUCAAUUCGAACUCCGGUCACUGUUGGAUGAAGCAGCAGCUGAAGAAUCAUUGGGAUGGUCUUCGAACGAAACACAAACGUCUGAUGGAGCUUAUUCACGGUACUGGAGUGGAGUACAUCUCCAAAACGGGAUAUAUUGCUGCUUCCGACGACUGGUGGGAGAGAAAGAUGAAGGAAAAUAAGGACUACAAAGAAUUCAAAGGCAAAGACUGCAGGGAGGUGUACAGCCUCAAGGUGCUAUUCGAGGAUGCAUAUGACAACGAUAAGUAUGCAGUCACACCCUCAACAAUGUGCAGGACAAGCUUCUCCAUGUUCGAAGAUAGUGGACUCGAGGACCUACGCGACAGUCAACCGCUUGACGAGGAAGGCACCGGGUCAAGUGAUGAGAGCGAGAAAACAGAAUUGGCUGGAUCCAGUGCGGACAUGUCGAGGCCGCAAAGUGGGGAUAAACGUAGGUUUGGCGGCAAUAGCAAAAAAGGUAAGAGAGCAAAAAUGUCCGUCUCGGAUGUAUCGGACGCUGUUAACCGUGCUUCCACUGCCAGUGAAAAGGUAACAGCUACAAUCAACAAUUUGCUGGGUCCUAAUGUUCCAGACGCGCAGACGCUCAUGAACGAGAUGUUGUCGACUGGCCGACUGCACAAGAAAACUGAUAUGUACUUCUGGACGUUGAGCUUCUUGUCACCGAGGCGUAAUAGGGAGAUACUUGCAAUGCAGGAAGACGCGAACGACAAACUAGACUGGGUCGAGUGGAGCUGGCUGGAGCACAGAAAGGCUCAUCCGAAGUGAAAUCUGCGGUACAGAAAAUUUUCCCCUUACAGCAGUUUUAUGUAGACAUUUUUAAUUGUGUGUUGUUUUUUCAUUUUCAU